AUGGCAUCGAAUGUGACUCAGAACAGCAUAAAGCUGUUUGCAGGGAACUCACAUCCUGAUCUGGCCCGCCUUAUAGCAAAGCGAUUAGGACUCGAAUUGGCUAAAUGUGUGGUCCUCAAGUACUCGAAUCAAGAAACUUCUGUUACUAUUGGAGAAUCUGUUCGUGAUGAAGAUGUCUACAUCAUUCAGUCAGGCUGCGACGAAAUCAACGACCACCUAAUGGAACUUCUCAUAAUGAUCAACGCAUGUCGCUCAGCUUCCGCCCGCAGAGUAACAGCAGUCAUACCCGCAUUCCCAUACGCACGUGCUGAUAAAAAAGACAAGUCGCGAGCACCCAUCACUGCCAAGCUCGUCGCAAAUAUGUUGACCAUCGCUGGAUGCAACCAUGUCAUCACAAUGGAUUUGCAUGCGUCUCAGAUUCAGGGAUUCUUCAACAUUCCUGUGGACAACUUGUAUGGUGAACCCAGCAUGUUGAAAUAUAUCAAAGAGCAUAUCAAUGGAUGGCAGACGGCUGUUAUUGUGUCGCCGGAUGCGGGGGGUGCAAAGAGGGCAACAUCCAUUGCAGACAAACUCGAUAUCGAUUUCGCAUUGAUUCACAAGGAACGUAAAAAGGCCAAUGAAGUAUCGCGAAUGACUCUUGUCGGUGAAGUUCGUGGUCGAGUGUGUAUCCUCGUAGAUGACAUGGCAGAUACUUGUGGGACAUUGGGCCUCGCUGCAAAAGUAUUGAUGGAUGGUGGUGCUGUCAAACCGCCAAAAAGACCACUGAGGAUUCUGAUGAACCCAUCAUUUGUUUCAUCGACUCACAUCCCUCCUACUCCUCCUCUGAAUCGUAUAGUACUAUCAGGAAAAGCAGUCAACAUCAUCAACGACUCGGUACUAGCCGGUGUCGUGGUGACAAACACAAUCCCGCACGAGUACAAGAAACUGUUAUGUCCGAAAUUGGAUACCAUUGAUGUAUCUGCUACUUUUGCUGAAGCAAUCAGAAGAACUCACAAUGGAGAGAGUGUCUCCUUCCUGUUUGCUUAUGCUCCAUCAUAA